AUGAGAAGGACAGCACAACUUUUCUACCUCAUUGCUUUUAUCUUUGCUGGAUCUCACGCAUUCUUAUGGAAUCUUCUUGGCGGUCUUGGCGGCGGAGGAGGAGGCGGAGGACUCGGAUCAUUGUUCUCAGGACUUAGUGGAGGACUCGGCGGAUUGCAAGGGCUUGGUGGAGGACUUGGCGGACUGCAAAAUCUUUUUUCGGGACUGGGUGGGCUGGGUGGAGGUGGAGCUGGUGGCCAGUGUUGUCCGUAA